AUGGGAGAAGUCUUGACAGAACAACAUAUUGCUGACUUUCAGGAAGCCUUCUAUCUGCUUGACAAAGAUGGAGAUGGUUGCAUAACGAUUGAUGAAUUGGCAACUGCCAUAAAAUCUUUGGACCAAAAUCCUACAGAAGAAGAACUGCAACGCAUGAUUAGUGAAGUAGAUGUUGAUGGAAAUGGAACCAUAGAGUUUGGCGAGUUCUUGAAUCUCAUGGCAAGGAAAAUGAAGGAACAUGAGGCGGAAGAAGAACUGAGAGAAGCUUUCAGAGUGUUUGACAAGGAUCAAGAUGGCUACAUUUCACCUACUGAGUUGAGGCAUGUGAUGAUAAAUCUUGGGGAGAAAUUGAAAGAUGAAGAGCUAGAGCAAAUGAUCAGAGAAGCUGAUUUGGAUGGAGAUGGUCUCGUUAAUUACGAGGAGUUCGUGAGAAUGAUGUUGGUUGUUUGA